AAAAUAGGCGAUUUUAGCAUAAAUGUUGCUAUUACCAUCAAAAAUCUUUCGCCAGAAAUAGUUUAUACGGAACCUGAAGUAUUUAAUCGAUAUAAUCCGCGCGUAGGAGUCAUUGUGUACCAUUUCGAAAAUCGAAAUGAAUCCUUGGCCUUUAUGUGGAACGUCCCAUUUAAUUACGCUUUUUACUCAAAUUGGUGGAACAUAAAAGUUUAUAAAGGUUGUAUCAGAGCUGAUCAAGAAUUACAUGACAAUAUGUAUCAUGAGCUCCUUCAUGAAAGGGACAAUAACAUUGCAAUGUUGUCGAAUAUUCAGCGUAAUGGUUGGGUUACAAAUUAA